AUGAGAGGCGGGUCCCUCCUCUCGGCUUCCGUAACCUGGAAGUGCUUGACCCCGCCCCUCCGGUUGUGCUUUGUCACGUGGUUCGCAGACGCCGACGAAAUGUCGCAGUGUUCAACGCUGGAGAGCCUCCUAGAGAUGGGAUUCCCCCAGACCAGAGCGGAAAAGGCAGUGUCUGCCACGGGCAACCAAGGUAUAGAGUCUGCAAUGGACUGGCUGAUGGAACAUGAAGAUGACCCCGACAUAGAUGUACCUGUUGAAGCUGUUGAACCUGUGCAAUCUGUUGAAUCUGUUGAACCCGUAUCCAAAGAAACACCCAGCGAGCAAACUGAACCAACUGAACAAGAAAUGGACACAGAGUCAGAAGAAAGACAAGGUUUAACUGAAGAGGAGAAGGAAAAACAGAAAAAAAGGAUGAUGGAACUGAUAGCCCAAAAGCAAGUAGAACGUGAAGAUCGAGAAAAAAGGGAGCGAAUUGAGCAGGAGAAACAGAGGCGGAAACAUGGACAAGAGUUAAUUGCAAUCAAACAAAAACUUCAAGAGCAAGAGAUGCAAAAAGCGGUGGAAGAGAGGAGGCGGGAAAAGCAAGAGGAGAGACUGGCCAGAGAUCGUGUCCGGGAAAAAAUUGCAAGGGAUAAAGCCGAGAGAGCCAGAAGGUAUGGUGGAGAGACAUCGGAUCCAAUCUCCCCUCCAGCAGAGACACCUGUUCAAGCCCCCGCACUCUCCCCAUCUUCCCCAACACAGGAGCCACCUACUAAGAAGGAGUAUGAUCAGUGUCGUAUACAGGUCCGCCUUUUGGAUGGCACUGCCCUAUCGCAAACAUUUCGCGCACGAGAGCAGCUGGCUGCUGUCCGAUUGUACGUGGAAUUAAAUUGGCCCGCUGGCGCAGAAGAACCUUUUAACCUUUUGACUAGCUUCCCACGAAGGGUGUUUACUGAAGAAGAUAUGGAAAAGCCACUGCAGGAGCUUGGUUUGGUGCCUUCAGCUGUCUUAAUUGUUGCUAAAAAGUAAACUGCACAAGAAUCUUUCCUGUGUAAAGACCACCAAAAUGGAAGAGACGGAAGAAUGAUGGCCGAGAAACCAGUGUGGACAAACCUGACCGCCAUCUUUCUGCAAGGAUCACACAGACUAUUGCCCUCAUCGCCCCAAACUGUGAUGUGCUAGCAUAUAUAUUUUAAUGGGGAAAUAAACCAUUGUGUGAAAUCCUUA